AUGGGCACCAAAACCUCAGUUCGUAUGGACGGCAAUGUGGCCAUCGUGUCCAUAAACAACCCUCCAAUGAAUGUAUGGAACCGGGCUAUUACCGAUGAGCUUAUAGCAACCUUUGAACGCCUUGACCUGGACGACAAUGUCAAAGUAGUGAUAUUGACGGGUGCUGGCAAGGCUUUCUGUGCUGGUUUGGCAUUGUCUGCUGAUGAUAACUUUAGUUCGGGUGGUUCUGAGGUCACUACCUUUGAAGAACGAGAGCAUCGUGAUUCUGGAGGAACUUUUACUCUGACUGCUUUCAGGAUGAGGAAGGUUACUAUUGCUGCCAUCAAUGGUGUUGCUGUUGGUAUUGGAGCUACGUGUACGCUUCCGUGCGACUUUCGUGUCACUCAUAAAGACGCCAAGAUCGGAUUCGUUUUCGCUCGCCGCGGUGUCACAGCUGAAGCGUCUUCUUUGGCAGCUGCUUCAACAUACUUUCUACCAAAACUGAUUGGGCAUGCCAGAGCUCUGGAGGUCACAAUGUCUGGCAGAGUACAAAAGGCAUCUCACCCGUCAUUAUCAGGACUCUGGGCUGAAUUAGUUGACAAGCCCGAAGACGUUCUCCCAGCCGCUCUCAAACUAGCUCAUGAGGUGGCUGAUAACUGCAGUUUGGUCUCGUUGGCUGUUUCAAAGGCAUUGAUGUGGCGCGACGCUGGCACUCCUGAGGGUCAGCAUUUGUUGGAUUCGCCUUCAGUGUUUGAAUUGGGCCAAGGUGACGGAAAAGAGGGCGUUGCUAGUUUCUUACAAAAGAGACCUCCUCAGUUCCCUGGAAGAGUCCCACGCGAUCUACCAAGUUUCUACCCAUGGUGGAAGACUGUCAAUGUCAAGCUUUGA